AGAUUCUCCUCACCGCAUCGCCACCUUAGGUUUGAUUCCUCGCCACACUUUGAUCUUAUUAAUAGCUAGUUGCUCUAGAAUUCACAACCAACAAUAAUACUCGAAUUCGAGUUUUAAAGCUUGAAUUCACAAUUAUAUAUAGUGCUCGUUGUGAAUUCUAAUUAUUUGAAUUCGAAUUCACAACUAAUACUAUUGUUGGUUGUGAAUUAAACUUGAACUCACAGCUAAAAAAAUAUUAUUGGUUGUGAAUUGUAAAAUUAGCUUCUUUUACAAAAAUUGGUUAACUUUUAAGUUUUUUAUCUUAAUAAAUGUUUUAUUUUUUCUAUUCGAUAAUGAAUAGUUUGAUAUAUUAAUUGACUGAAUAUGAAAUGCAGUAGGUAUAUGAUGAAAUAAGAAGCUGAUAAAACUUACAAGUUAAAACGUGUCUUGACGGUAUUGACUCAAUUUUUGUCCCAAAAAAAAAAAAGUUUGGAAAUGUGAUGAAUUUUCUCCUAUAAAAAGGAGUGUUUCUGAUGCUAAGUGAAACAUCACAGCUUAGAACAAAAAAGAAACAUAAGUGUGAGCAGCUUAAACCAAAAUGAAGAUGGGUUUUGGUUUGUGCGCCAUUUUUCUGGCUUUGUCGGUCGCAUAUGCAUCGGAUCCAGGCCAACUUCAGGAUUUCUGCGUUGCUGUUCCUGACGCCAGCUCUGCGGUUUUUGUGAACGGGAAGUUUUGCAAGAACCCGAACAUGGUGGUUGCGGAGGAUUUCCUUUUCCAGGGUCUAAACGAGGCCGGAAACACUUCCAACGCGGUUGGAUCGUUCGUGAGUCCGGUGAACGUUAACCAGCUUGCAGGGCUCAACACUCUGGGCGUUUCCAUGGCCCGCAUCGACUUCGCCCCUUACGGGAUAAACCCACCCCACACCCACCCGCGUGCUACCGAAGCCUUCCUGUUGGUGGAAGGCACUCUCUAUGUCGGCUUCGUCACUUCAAACCCCGCCGAUCGUAACCAGAAGAACAAGCUCUUCACCAAGUACUUGAACCCAGGAGAUGUCUUCGUUUUCCCGCAGGGGCUCAUCCACUUCCAGUUCAACGUCGGCAAGACCGACGCUGUUGCAUUUGUCGGCUUCGGCAGCCAGAAUCCGGGUACUAUAACCAUUGCCAACGCGGUGUUCGGCUCCGACCCUAAGAUCAACCCUGAUGUCUUGGCCAAGGCCUUCCAGGUUGAGAAGAACAUCAUCGAUUACCUCCAAGCCCAAUUCUGGCCUGACUAUAACUAAUUAAGCAUUAUAUGUGCGUGCUGUCUUUUUAAUCCAAUAAAUAAAACACUCUUUGCUUAUUACAACUGCUCUAGCUGGAAAACUUUGUGUUUCCAAAAUAAAUAUACAUCAUGUAAUGUGAUGGUGCUAUGUUUGCCCUACGUAAUAAAUAAAAUUCGUCAUGUAUUCUCUGUUUUA